GAUGGCUUUUUCACUUCAACGUUGACGUACACAUGGUUCACUUGGUAUAAUAGUACCACGUAGGAAAUUAACAGAUGUACAUGUAUGUACGUAUUUAUAUGCUAUCAUUUCGAUAGAGUACUAUUCCUACUGGUGCGGGCCCAGCUCCAUUACCGACAUGAAAUUCGACAACAUCUUGAACCACGUGGGCGCGUUUGGUACUUACCAACGCCGGAUCUACUUCGUCAUGACCUUAGUUGCGAUACCCAGUGCCUUGCACACCUUUAGCCCCGUGUUCCUGAGUGCCAAGACAGAUCACUGGUGUACCGUGCCAGAGCUGGCUCCAUACCGGGGCAACUGCACUGCCUUGUACCCCUCAGGUACCCCUGAUCAGUGUUCGGCCUUCCUGAAGAAUAUCAGCAUUCCUCGGGAGGUGGAUGACUCGGGCAAAGUUAGCUACGCUCAGUGCCGACGUUUCAACUUGACUGGUUUGGACGUGGUUGGUAAUAGUAGUCUUCUCCUUGCACAGCCACCCAUCGUAGUUGGUGAUGAUGAUGAGGUCGGGGAGGUUGUUGAUGAGGUCGGGGAGGGUGGCCCCGCCUACAAUCAAUCUCAGGGAGUGGCUCAAGACUCUGUGCAGGUUAUCCCAUGUGAUGCUGGAUGGGGAUAUGAUACAUCACAGUAUAGCAGCACAACUAACCAUCAGUAUGAACUGGUAUGCGACAAAGCUGGUCUCACUAAGUAUGCCCAGUCUGCCUAUUUUGCUGGAAUGUUGAUUGGUUCAUUUCUGAUAGGACUGAUGGCUGACUGGGUCGGGAGGAAACCCACAUUCUUCAUCUGCCUGAUUACUUCCUUUUUGGCCGGGAUUGCCCAAGCUUUUGCCCCAAACAUGGCUGUUUUCAUCGUGGUCCGAUUCUUUGUGGCUAUCUUCAAAACGGGUGUCUACAUGAUGGCUUUUAUAAUAGGUACCGAGUUUGUGGGCCCAAACAUCCGAGCGUUCGCUGGCCAGUUCAUCAACAUCUACUACGCGAUGGGCUACAUGCUGCUGGCUCCCUUUGCCUACCUCAUUCGGGAUUGGCAGAUGCUUCAAGUGGCUCUCACCAUGACCUUCGCCCCAUUCAUACUACUCCUUCCAUUCCUUCCGGAGUCGGCACGCUGGUUGAUGUCCCGCGGCCGAACCGCCGAUGCCGAGAAGAUUCUGCGAAAGAUGGCCAAAGUUAACAAGGUGGAGCUACCAGCUGAGCUGUUUGAAGAAGACAAAGACCAGGAGGAGAAGCUCAAAGAUACUACAACACGUAGAUACACCUACUUGGACCUGUUUCGCAGUACUAAUAUGCGCUGCAAAACCAUCAACAUACUGUUCUGUUGGUUUGUCAACAACAUGGUGUACUAUGGGAUAUCCUUAAGUACCUCCGACCUAGGUGUGGACCACUACAUCGCUGCCUUUGUCUCUGGGGCAGUGGAAAUCCCCGCCUACACCUGCGCCAUUCUCAGUAUGCAGUAUCUGGGACGCCGAUUGCCGUUGUGUGUCUACCUGGUGGCCAGUGGGGCCGCCUGCAUAGGGGCCACGCUCUUCUCGGCCGGGGCUGGUAGAGCAACCGUUGCUAUGAUUGGGAAGUUCUUCAUCACAGCCACCUUUGGAAUGAUCUACACGUAUUCUGCCGAGAUAUACCCAACACCAGUGAGGAGUCAAGGUAUGGGCUUGUCUUCCAUGAUGGCUCGCAUCAGCGGCAUCCUGUGUCCGUUCAUCUUGGAUCUUAGCUCCGUCUGGUUCUCCUUGCCGUACUUCAUCUUUGGCGCGUUCGCCGUCUCCUCUGGACUACUGAUUCUCCUGCUGCCGGAGACGCGAGGCAAGCCGCUGCCGGAGAGCUUGGAGGAUGCUGAGAAAGUUGGCAAGGGGGAAACCUGUUUAUGUUUGCGUAAAUGUCGACAUGGAGCAGAUGCUGGAGACAUCAACAUGGAUAAAGAGCCAUAUGAAUCACUGCCCAAGGAAGAACCUCAGAAUCAAGAUGGCGGUCGAGACAUGGCGACAGAAAAAGUCUAAGACCAACAAAAUGACAGAUGGGUAUAAAAGAAUUGCUGUCUCGUCUUCCAAAAAUGAAAUAUCUUUGGGAUGACUUUGUUAUGAAAUCGUCUCAAUAAGGUGCCUUUUUGGUAGUAUCUGCCUAAGUUUUAAUGCUUGCAUGCUGCAUAAAGUAUUUAACCGUUUAUUUGCUGAGUGAUAGUGGAAUAGCUUAGAACAUAUUUCUCCUUAUUUAGAUUUUUGUUUAUUAAAAUACCAAGUCACAUUUAAGCUUGUAUUGGACAAUUGUGCAGUGAUGGUAAUUUAUGUGCUAUUAAUGUAUAGCGUGGACACGAGACGUAGUCUUGACUUUCAUUCCAUUUUUGACAGCUUUUCUUUUGAGCGAUAGAGAUUGCAACUUGCAAGAUGCAACAAAAAGAAGCUGUGGUGAGGCUUUUCAUAAUUCUAAGUGCCUUUGCUAGAGACUCUAUUUUUAUAAUUCCAGCGUUUAAUGUUUCAAAGACAAAACAAAGAAGGAAGCAACACAUUUAGUUCACUUACAAUUAUUUUCAUAUUAUCCAAAGAAAAACUAUAAUAAUGUUCGGUAUGCUGCAAAUUGCUUUAAUUCUUUCAGAAAAUGAAAUACUUUGAUUGCAUUUUCUGUACAUUUUGUUAGAGUGCUAUUAUUUUAUCGUUGGUGGCGUAAUAUCUGAGACCAUUUCAUUUCAUAUGCCAGUUUGGUAUUUUGCAUUGGUCCAAUAAAUUCUUUUAACAAUUUUUCAGCAGUGUUCCACCAUCGCUGUAAAUUUCAUAGUCCACAAGAAAGAAAACGUCAGAAUAUUGUGAAGUUUCGCAUUUUGAGUUGUUAAUUUCAUUUACGAUGCAUCCUGGCGAAAAAGGCCCAGGGGUUGGAGUUAUUUAAUAGGCUGUAUGGUGGGUCACUGCAGCAUUUGUUAGAAUUUAUGGUGGCUCACUGCAGUGUUCCUUGCAAAAAUGUUUAUGAGAUGUAAGGUUAACUUAAAAGCAGCGGGCAAGACAUUUAUAUUACGUCAUUUUAAUGCUUUCUCUUUUCCCCUAUUGUUUUGCCGCUUGAUUAGGUGGCAUGUAUUAAAUUGAAUCAGUUUCGUAAUCAUGUCAUGACAACUCAUACUUCUUCAAAUCGAGUAACAAGGUAAUCAAAUGAACAGUGGCAAACAAGCAUUCCUUUUUUCAGUUUUCGUUCUCUGGUUCUUGAGACAGGACCUAUGAUUUGUCUUAUUAUUGAAUGACAGCUGCUUAAGUUAAUAAAGGAAAUACAUGUUUAUUGAAGGGUAUUUUUAUGUAUUCGAAGUGUAACACAAAUUUCCAAGUUCUUACCACUAAAUGGGUGUUGGUAUUAAUUUUUUUACCCCAGCUAUACUUGGUACAGGGGUAUUGUUAUAUUUUCAAAAAAAUAUAAACAGAAAAUGAAAUAUUUUUUUAUCAUGUUUUGAUCCAAGUUUGGAAUGGGAAUUUGUUUUAGGAUAAAAACUACUUCUUGUUUUAAGGGAAAUAUAUAUUUUUCCCAAUCAGUAUUAGAACAUGCCUUGAAUGCCUCACACAUGUUCCAAGUUAUCUUUUUCCCACGGAAACCACUUAUUAUUAUUUUUUUUUACCAUUGAUUGAUUAUUUAGAAUCAUUCUCUAUGAUAGAGCUUGAUUGAUUUUCAUGAUAGCAUCUGUUAAUAAUUACCAUUCGGAAAACAUGCAUUUUGACUUAGAAAUAUAACAACUAAUAUAUUUAACUUAUUUAUGGAAAUAUUUACCAACUAUGACUGGUGGUUUGGGUUGUAUUAAUAAGAUGGAAUUUGAUGUGCAUGUCCAUUUUGUCAUUGGAACUGAUUUAAGACUUGGAAAGAAAUUAAACAUGGAAUUUAAUAAAGACAGGUGUUAAGUUAAAAAGUGUCCUGUUAAGAAAAUGUUCCACUGUCCCGGUUUAAUAAAAUCAAACACCAGAAGCACAGUGGCAGUUCAAAUAUGGACCUUGAACUUUUUGAUGAAGAUAAAUUUGUUGGCAGUGCCCUUUUUAAUCCUAUUUUUUUUUAAAUGAAAUAUUAUAAUAUGCAAAAUUCACGUCAUAUGCAAAAACUAAUGAAAUAACGCCAUAAAUUUGCUUUUGUAUUUCAAUUUGCUUAUUCCUGGGUGUAAGUUCAAGUACAUUUUCAUUGUUUUCUUUACUUUGAUUAGUGUUUAAUUUAUUAAACAAAAUAUAUUUGGCAUCAGGGAUUUGGCAUUAAAACUCCAGAAAUCUAAUAAAACGUAACAUCACAAUGCCUCUUUGA